GUAACACAUGACCACAAUGAUCUUCAGAAAGAGGAACAGAACAUCAUAUGUGGCGCCCUGGAGCUGCACAAGAAGACUGUUGGAGAGGUUAUGACCAAACUCGAUGAUGUCUUUAUGCUUAAUGUUGACACCAUUCUAGACUUUAAUUCCAUCAAUGACAUAAUGCAGCAAGGAUAUUCUCGUGUACCCGUGUAUGAUGGAGAACGUACAAAUAUUAUUGCAGUUUUAUUCAUCAAGGAUCUAGCGUUCAUCGACCCAGAUGAUAACACACCUCUCAAGACACUGUGUCAGUUCUACCAGAAUCCCUGCAACUUUGUUUUUGUUGACACUACAUUGGAUGUCAUGUUUAAAGAAUUUAAAGAAGGUGCAAAAGGUCAUAUGGCCUUUGUUCAUCAAGUUAACAAUGAAGGCGAAUGUGAUCCAUUUUAUGAAGUGUUGGGCCUUGUUACCCUGGAGGAUGUGAUUGAAGAGCUCAUUCAGGAAGAAAUUGUGGAUGAAACAGAUGUGUUCACUGAUAAUCGCUCCAGGCGUCGUCGUCAACACGUUGGUCGACCUGACUUUGCAGAGUUCUCCCAACCAGGCAACCAGACAAAUCACAAGCGUGCACCCAUCUCCCCCCAGUUGCAGGUAGCAGCUUUGCAGUAUCUUCGUACAUCUCUUGAACCAUUUAAGGAAGGUCAGCUGUCAGAAAUGAUAGUCAAAAAGCUGCUAAAUCAAGAUGUCAUUCACAGCAUUAAGUUACGACACAAGGAACAGUCCAGGGUUGAUCAGCAGCAUACCUACUUAUAUACACAGGGGAAACCAGUUGAUUUCUUUGUUCUCAUACUGGAGGGUCAUGUGGAGGUUACCAUAGGAAAAGAGAACUUGUCAUUUGAAAGUGGGCCGUUUACCUACUUUGGAAUGGCAGCACUCUCUCAGGUCCAAUCUAUAGGAGAAUCCCCAUCUGCAUCCACUCAGCUCAGCAAAGGAAGCAUGCUAGGGAGCGUUCAGUCUCUUGAUUCCACAAAGUUCUCCUUCACACCUGAUUAUUCUGUUCGUGCUGUUACUGAGGUAAGAAGUUUGAAUUGAGAAAAAACAUGAACUACACUCAAAAUGUCUAAAUUUGGAAAUAAUCCCAAAGAACUCAUAAUCCAAACAUAAUCACAUUUAGAGCAUCAGUUGUGAAUUACAAAAUGGAAAGUUACUCGAGCAGUGUAAAAAAUAUAAAUGGGAUUGAUGUACUAGGAGCACAGAAGACUAUUAGUUA